AUGGUGUUGUUGUAUGUCUGUUAUAUUGCAUAUUUGGUGGGGUUCGAUAAGAGCACCGAUGAUUAUGAAACAGAACCUUAUAAUGUCUUGGAUAUUAUUGAAGACGAGAUACGAGAGUCACGUGAAUCGAUUCUGUUACUCGAUGACGAUACUGAACGACUAUAUUGUGAUGAUAACGAAGAACGAUAUUGUGAUGAUGAUGAAUCUGACAACAUUAAACGAUAUUCUUUGACUGAUAUAGUAAUAUCCUCUGUGAUGAAACUCUUUUCAUUCUUUAUUCCGCUGUCACAACUAACAAGUUCAUGGCUAGUCUAUUUUUGGUAUUUGGAAAGUUGUUUGAUCCUCUAUUAUGAACUGAGUGGGUUACCAUUGACUAUUGUCUCAUUCGUAGUGCUUAUAACUAUUGAUACAAUCAUGGAAGGUUCACGAGAUUUGCUUCAAAUUGUUACUGGCACUGGAAUAUCACUUUUUAUCAUUGGAAAAUUGAGUUUCAUGGCUCUUUUAAUCAUAAGAAACUUGGGGAUGAUUCUCCCAAUAUCCAAUUUCUUACUUGGAUUCCUUAUCUUCUCCAUUGGGUCUUCUUUAGGAGAUAUUAUUACCAAUUUGACCAUUUCUUUAAGAAUUAAUAUCAAUUAUGGUACAAAUGCCUGCUUGGGGUCACCUCUUUUGCUUAUUCUAUUGGGGUUGGGAGUCAAUGGAUUGGCGACAAUGUACCAUCUCAAAGUAACUCACUUGGACUUUCAUAUCAAUUAUAAUACCAUUGUGCUGGUCGCAACGUUAUUAUUGAUUUCUAGCAUCUAUUUGAUUUAUAUUCCUUUGAAUGGUUGGGUCUUGGAUAAGAAAUUGGGUGUCCUUAUGUUGAGCAUCUAUAUUAGUUUGGUAAUUCUUGUAACAGUAGUCUAA